GUGACAAAAGGGAGGAGCCAAUCGUGGGCGUGGCCACAUCCGCGAAAGCCAAUAGGCGGCGUCCUAAUGGUGAACCAGCCAACGAGAGCGUCCAACAGGGGGCGCCCUCCCCCUGACCCCGCCCCUUUCUCAGACGGCCCCGAGAUGGAGGCGGAGCCAGACGAGGGGGCGGGGCCGGGGGAGGUGCUGGUGCCCGAGGGGGCGGAGUCAGCGACGCUGCGGUGCCGGGCGCGGGGCGUGCCGGGGGUGGAGCUGAGCUGGGAGAGGAACGGGAGGAGCCUGAGCCCGGGGGAGCCGGGACCGGCCGGACCCGCCGCGGGCGCUGCGCCUCUCGGGCCGCUCGGGCUCCUGGCUGGGCCUGGCCUGGGAGCCGGGCUGGGACGGGGGCCUGCCCCAGCACUUCCUGCUCCGGUAGGGGGCGCCCCGCCCCGCUCCCGCCCCCACUUCCGGUCCCGUGAAGCGGCCCCCGGGGCCCUCCCGGUGGCUAAACCCCAACUUCCGGUUGUGUUGCGUCACUUCCGGUCCGCCCACGCGAGCUUCCGGCCCCAAAAUUCUGUUACUUUCUCUCCCCACCCCAACUUCCGGUUCUGUUGUGUCACUUCCGCCCCGCCCACACGCGAUUUCCGGCUCCGUUAA